AUGGGCGAAUUAGGUGUAGAUUUGAUGAAAGAUGGAGUAGGGAAUAUAAUAGGAGAAAUUGCUUCUCAUUCAAGUGGUGGAGUAAGUAAUUUUUUUGAUUCUACUAGUGAAUAUUAUGGGCAAUUAGGUGAUGCCGAAGACACAGUGUCCCAUCUUAAACUAAUCACUCACCUUGCACAUCUUAAUAAGGGAAUAAAUUAUGAUCCUGAUUGUAAAGAGUUUGCUAGAUUUAUUAGCGAACCCGUUUACCAUGAAGUCCAAUUCAUGAAAUUCUACAAAGCUACUUUGGAAAACAAAGAUGGGAAUUUUGCUUGCUCUUUUGGAGAAAAGCAUUUACAGAAUUAUUCUCGCGAAAAGAAAGUUUGUUUUUUGAAAUUAGAAACCAUCGGCAAAGAAAGUAAAGAAAAAGCAAUUCAAAACAAGGAAUUAUUAAAAAAAGAAUUAACUGAAAAAGCCAAAAUAAUUAUUAAAAACCUAGAAAAUCCUCGUUUAAGGUUUUUAGUCAGUAAUUUCGCUAAAAAUCAAGUAAUUUUGGAUAAUAACCUUGCUCUUAACCAUUUAAAAAACAUUUAUGUUGACCUAACUAAAAUUGACCUAUAUUAUUUAUUGAAAGAUAUCCAAGAAAGAAUUAAAAUUCUUGAAAAAUUAAUUUAUUAA